AUGACAAGUUUCAGAUCGGGUCGAAUGAGCAGCAAAAAGUGUUCAAUAGUUUGCCAUUGACGGCUUUUCUACAGCCAAAUGAUGAUCCCGGUGAUGUGCUGGCCUCACUCAUCAGGUUGUUGGUGAGUUUGAAGGAUGAAUUUAUCUGUUUGGAUUGAGUAAGACAUAUUAUAAACGAUGAGAGUUUUUCACGCUUCCAAACACAAAAAAAAGCUACCGUAAACCUAGAAAUCUUUGCGCUUUCGCUGCGAGAUGCUUCAAAAAACGCUGAUAAGGUAUCCCGCGAGAAUUUUUUCACGUUUCCCUAGAUUUUUGAUUACGAUCACGUUUCCUGUUGAUAAAAUUAUUCAUUCACACCGAAUAAAUAGUAAAUUAUAUUGUAAAUUGAAGUAAAGAAGUAAAAGAUUUGCACUGAUGAGAAAAUUUGAGCUGGCGCCAAAAACACAGUUAAAAGUCUAGAUAAAGUUUGCCAUUUUUUCGUCCAACUACAAUUCCAUUUAAAUUUUCAAUAUUUCUUAUUUGUAAUAGGAGAACAAUGACAUCUACUCGAACCGAGUUGUGAACGGCGAAGGGGCCGUCGUGUUCGUGUUCGUCAAUUCGGACUGCCUGAAGUUCUGUCAGAGCAGGAGGUUGAUGAUGAACAGCGGCGACACGGCGUCGAUCCUCGACCAGGGCAACUUCAUCGUCCGCUACUUGUACAUGGCCAACGAUAACGCCCAAUUGCGUUAGUUUUCUUGUACCCUGAAGAAAAAUGAUUGUAUAGCCGUUUCCGUUUCUAGGUUGUCACGAUUUUACGCCGAACUACAUAACUCUUCCCUUUGAUACACGUGGCCUGUCUCUGUGCAUGCGCCUUUAAAAUAACGGAAAUCUCUAGGCGAUCUCAAAGGCGCAUGAACGAAGAUAGGCCGCGCGUUUAGAAGAUAAAUGCUCGGAAUGGUCUGGGAAAGCAAAGUUGCUCCACGGCGAAUAAACCACAAAAAUUUUUUUUCGAUGUUUAUUUUUCCAUGAGUUUUAUCAUAUUUUUAUGCUUUAAAAAGCUACUUAUACGUAUAGAAAAAUUGAUGAUACGGUUGGUUUGAAGUUAUUCGACGCCUAAAUUCAAAUUUUACUUCCGAUAUUUAUGGUGUUAUCACUUUUUGAAUAUCUGGAAAAAAGCUAAAAAAUUAGAAAAGAUGUAAAAUGCAUUUUCUAUUAUCAUUAAAAAGGAUCUUUUUAAGACUAUUUUUAUUUACAUUGGAAAUGGUUUGUUGGAUUUUGAAACAAGUUUCACCUUUUUCUCCGUUGACAGUUUUUUCGCACAAGUAUUUUUAUUCUAUUUUUUUUCAGCCUGCCUGCAGUUGCUGUUCACGGACUGCACAAAAUGGUCGUCGGCUCUCUGUGAUAUGAAUAUUUAUGGCAAUGGCCCGAAUAUCACUUCACUUUCUAAUGCCGCGAAUUCUGCAGUCACUUGUGCUGCGGACAACGGUGGAUUGAAUACUACUGGUUGGAUUGAAACGAAAAAAUAACAAAAGAGGUUUUUUUUCAGGCAGGAUAUUGAUAAUUGUCCUCCCGUGCUUCUUUAUCGCAGUGAUUAUUAUUAUCGCCAUGUGCCUUCGGUACAAGAAAAGUGUACAGCGGCUGAGAAUGCAGAUUUUCGGAACUCAGUUCGUUUUUUCUCUGUUUAAAAAUCUUGGCAAAAAUGGUUCGGUUCCAUUUCAUUGUCUUAUGCUUUAUGAAGGGAAUUUUUGUCUUUUCUUGAAAAAAAAAGUUUACAUUACGUGUUUACGUGUUAGGUCAAAGAUUUAAGGACUGUGGGUUAACAAAAAAAAUGAAAAAUGAAAUGAAAAUGGUUUUUCAUUCAAUUAUCAGACAUUAUAAGCUAAUUUAAAUGAAAAACGGAUAGUUAGGGAAAAAUUUAAAAAAAAAGUGAUUUUAUUUUUGGUAAUUUUCAAUAAUUUUCAAUUUUUACGAUGCUUUUUAUACUUUCAAAGACUCUAGCGAUAUGAUUCCAACAAAAUUUUUUUGUAAAAUUAUUCGAAAAAAAUAAUUUUUUUCAUAACUUUCUGUUCAUGAAUCACGUCCUGAUAAUCAUGAAAAAAAUUUUUUUAAGUUAUUAUUUUUUUGAACCUUUUUUUGGUGAUAAUUUUUGAAAGAAAGCCAUUCAAUAUAAAAAAAUUUGACCUGAAAUUAUGAACGAUUUUUUUAAAAAGAAUAUUAUUGAUAUCAAGUGUUUAUUUGUAACCAAUAGAAUUUUUUUAAGAUUACUCGGCGAGCGAGCAAAGAAAGAUCAGGCGAAAAACCUCUAUACGGACUUGUUAUUGGCGGUGGCUUCGAAGAAAGACGAUUGGGAGAUCGAACCGAGGGAUUUGACGAUUUUGCACGAUUCUUUGCUGGGCAGUGGCGCUUUUUCCAACGUCUACAAAGGGACUUUGGCAGGUAAGGAUGUAAUAUUUGAGUUCUAGAUUGAUAAAAAGAAAAUUGAAUUUUUUUUUUUAGGUCUUCCGAUCAUUGCAUGUAUGAAAAUGGAGAAAGGAAAAAGGAAAAUUAUUGAUAAACACAAAAGUUAGAAUCAAAUUGGAUAGGCUGGAUAAAAAGUUCACUUUCAAAUGAAUAUAUGAAUAAUUCAAAUGAACUGAAACUUUAAAGCUCGAGCCUUUUUUUUCUUGUUUUAAAAUGAAUUUUUUAAAAAAGGAUUCAUAGGAAAUAUUGAUGGUGAGAAUUUUGAAGCAACAGCAACUUUUUUGAGACGCUGAAAAUCAAAGUUUGUGAAAUUUUCGUCUUUACAUCCAUAAAAAUUUCUUUGAAAACGACGAAAAUUCCCGAUUUUAGAGCGGUAUAAUGGUUUUAGGUGCAUUAUGGCGUUUUUAUUUUAAAGAUUUUGGAUAAAGUUCGCCGAGGAAUUUUCGGAAAACAUCACUGUUUCUAAUAGGUUCUGAUUAAACAUUAUGUAACAGUUCCCAAAAAUGAAACAAAAAGAAACUUUAGGAACUGAGCCAAUUGGACGAAUUUUCCAGGAAGAAUCCCCGUCCUGACGGUCAAUCCGAACCUGAACCUUGUCAUGGACUCGUAUUCGACCGGAAGUACUGUGGUGGCCGUGAAAAAGCUCCCAAGCCAUGCCGACGACUCGAAUCGCUUGGAAUCUUUCCAAGAAAUCGAGUUCAUGAAGCAGUUGGGCUAUCACGCUCAUGUCGUCAGGUUGGAGCUCAUUUUUUGGAGAAAUCAGAAAAUCUGUAAAGGGUGUCCCUGUCACUUGAAAAAAAAAUAGGAAUAAAAGCUACCGUAAGAUUAUUUCCAUGACUGAAACGAGAAAAAUUGAUUGAUUGAUUGAUAAAUUUAUUUAUUGAUUGAACGAUUGAACAAAGCUAUCUUGUCAAAUUUGCUGCUGACAUGCGUUAAAAUUUGGGAAAAAAAUUACUUCGAUUUAGAUUUGUUUCGAUUUAAUGUAAUUUAACUAAGUUUGUAGUUCUGAUCUCAAUUUUUAACUAAGUUUCUCUCUUCCAACCUUAUUCAAAGAGAUCUUUUCCUUUCUAAGGGAACACAUUUUGAAGAAAUGGCUUACAAGGCACUAGGAAAGUUUCGUUGCCGCUUUGAACUUUUUUUUCGAGUUCAACGCUAAUUCCGAUAUUUUUCAAGCAUGCUCGGAUGUGUGAGCAAUCCCAUUGAUCCGCUGAUCGUCGUCGAAUAUUGUGCCCAUGGAGAUCUUCUCAAAUUCAUCCGAAAGCAUAAGGAUCAUUUAUUAAUGGUUUCCGACCUUUUCUCAUCUGAUAAGGACCUCUAAAGUUUAGGAUCGGGACGACGUCUGCCCGAUCGAUGUGGAUUUGUGCCUCCGAAUGAAGAAUUUGAUCUCGUUCGCUUGGCAAAUCGCCGACGGGAUGGUCUACCUUUCGUCGAAGAAUUUCAUUCAUCGAGACCUUGCCGCCAGAAAUGUUCUCAUCACAAAUACGCUAGUGGCCAAGGUAAGAAAAAUGAAUGGAAAAAAAAUAUUCUGGCCGGAAAAAGGCCAACUUUCUCGGUUCUUUAUCUUAAAAGACUGGUAAUGUGGGGUAUAUCCCGUUUCACGCCAGUUGUCGCAAUUUUUAUUUGCCUCCGAGCGUGUGACUUGUCACUGUGCAUGCGCCUUUAAUUUAGACUUUAGGUUAAAGGCGCAUACAUAGAGGUAGGCUGCGCGCAUCGGCAGGAAAAGUUACUUAGCCCUUGAAAAUUCAGUAAUUUAUUUGACAAAUCGCUAUCCUAUUUAUUAUGAUGAUUAUUUCCUUCCUUGAGAUGAAAUUUUGAGAAUCGGCGUUUUUUCAGUAUGUCCAUUUUCAUGUAGACUUGCUCUUUUAAACACUGCUUUAAACGGAAAUAUGUUCUUUUUUCUAAAUUUUACGGUAUUUUGACUCACAUUUUUUGAACCACAUUUAAAUAUAGUUUGUGUGUUGAAAUUUCACGGAACGACAUUCCGCUGUUCCGCUGCGUGCGUUCGCGAAGCGUCUUUCGAAUCUAGGUCACGCUUUCAAUUGAUGGUUAUUGCUGUGGGAGCAUAUGAAAGUAGAGUACCUUAAUAAAAGGGAAAAAUUAAAAGAGCGACCAAGGUUCGCAAAGGCGCUCAGCGGCACAGCGGAAUGUCGUUCGUUGAAAUUUCAAAUCGUGGUACACAGGCUACAAUCUUUCCUUCCGACCUAUGAACAAGCAUCUAACGAAAAAUGUUUCUUGGGACGAUUUUUUUCCUGUAUUCGAUCUUUUUUUUCAGAUUAAUUUUGUCGUUUUUCAUUCAGAUUAGCGAUUUUGGAUUAUGCCGUCAACUCAGCACCAGUUUGUACACAUCCCGAGGCGGACGACUGCCGAUAAAAUGGAUGGCCAUCGAAUCUUUAAAGUACUACGAGUUCACCAGCAGCAGUGAUGUGUGAGUUGUCAUGACGUCAUUCGAAAUCGCUCUGUGAGUGGCUCGCUCUCUGAUUGGUUCACCAGGCCAUUAGAGGCGGAGCUUGACGCCUUGACGUUUAAAAUCUGAACAUUACGCACAAACUGUCAUUCAAAGAAUAGAUAUAGUUGAUUCACGGCUGGCUUGAGCCAUCGAGAAUGGGUCCUGACACGAAAAAAAAGAGUGCCUGGUUGAUGGGGAGCGCAGGCAGACCACAUCUUUUUUCGUUCCUAAUGGACCAAAAUUUUACUUUUUCAGUUGGUCCUUUGCCAUUCUUCUCUUCGAACUUUUUUCCCUGGGAGAAAGUCCCUAUCCGGCCAUCCAACCGACGGAUAUGAUCUCUCACCUGGAAGGUGGCAAUAGGUUACCGCAACCGGAGAAAUGUCCCAAUGAAGUGUGAGUUUUAAAGAAAAAUAGGAGAUUAUGUUGUAAAAGCCGUUUUUGAAGUGAUUUUGAGAAAUUCGAAAUUAUCUCUGACCCUUCGAAUUUUUCUGAUGGCCAUUUUGAGUAUCCCGGAAUUAUUCCGGACGCGAAAAAAAAACGCAAAGCUUUUGAAUACCGUUAAUUUGUGACUUUUAAUCGGAAAAAUCCUUCAAAGUGAUUUUUUCAAGGUAUGCGAUCAUGGAAAAUUGUUGGAAUGUACUCCCAGCCGAAAGGACGACCUUUCCAAGGGUAAAACUUUCAAUUUUUUUGUUGUUUUGAUGGUUUUUAUUUGUAAUAUUAUGACCAAAAAAGGCUUUCUACCCCAUGAGCCGUUCCCUUACAACUACAAAAAUGAUUGAAAGAUGAAAUUGAGAAACUUUUUAGAGGGGAUCUUAUCUCAUUCAAGGUUUUUGAAGUUUGAAAUGCUGAAAAUUCGGUUUUGAAAGCGGUUUUAAUAGAGUUAUUCCAUUUUGGAGAUUAGAAAGCAUCAAAAAAAAGAAGGAAAUAAAAAAUGAAUAAAAAACACAAAUUUGUGCAUCAAAAGUCAAAUUUUCUGCAGCUACGCGACGAUCUCACCACAUUACUGAACUCGGACGACGAGAACUACGGCUACAUCACGCUGAGGAACCCGGCGAACAUGCCGAAAAUGUCGCCGGAGUCGAUCCAUCGCCAAAUCAGCAAACAAGACGUCGAACUGCAGUCCCUGGGACGCGUCAGCUCGGUUGUUUCCGAGUUUGAACAUAAAUAUGACAUUGUACCCGAGGAUGAAGGUCAAUGA